CGGAGAGGACGAGGAGGAAAGAAGAGGAGAGGAGAGAGAGAGAGCCGACCAGGACAAGAUGAAGAGACGCAAUGGACGAGAGCACAUCGGAGUGGGAGGCGGACGAGAGAACAGCAGCGAACACACCCGAUGAGACACGCGACAGACGCGUCGUACCGCUCCAACAUGGAGGCGCGGCGCUGAAGGAGACCGUUUCAUUGUCGCCCACCGUCCGUCCGUCCAACCGGAGCGGGGAGGAGCGGUGAUGGGAUCCCAGGUUAUGCAGACCCUGCGUCAGGGGGUCUGGGCUUCUCUGACAGGAGGCUGGUACCACGAUCCAGAUCAGAACAAAUUCAACAACUCGUGCCACCUUUAUCUGUGGAUGUUCCUGCUGAUGUUACCUCUGUCUCUCCAUCUGGCCCUGCCCCCUACCAUUAUGGCUUUGAGCAUCUACUGCACCUCCAUCACGGUUUUCUUCAUCCUCAUCAAGAUGGCCAACUACCGGCUGCACCUGAUGUUCGACGAGGGCGAGGCGCUGGUCUGCAGAAGCCUCUCAGACCUCAGCAAAGCAGCGGAGAAGAAAAGCAACGCCUCAGACUCCUGCCUGCCUGCCAGCAUCAGGAAGAGCAGCACAGUUCCCGACAGUGUUGCCAUGAUGACGCUGGCCAGGAAGCGUCCCAGCCCGGUGAUACAAGUAACAGUAAAACAGACUGAAACUGAUCCAGGUCUGAUUGGUGUGGAGUGUUCAAAGUCGGAUGAGGUGAAGACUACAGAAGGGCAGGGCAAGAGUGUUGCUGAGGACAAGCAUGUGGAGAGAGGCCUGCAUCCCAGUCCAGAUCCUUCUCCUGGUUACCUCUCCAGCCCCAAUCCGGACCAGGCUGCUCCCCUGCUGCAGGCCCAGCAGAGACCCCCAUCCCAAGCUGAUAGAGAGGAGUUACACCCUGGAUCUCCUGGUGGGACUCAAAAAACAGAUGUGGAAGUCACUGAGACUGAAGCUUUGAAAGAAGGAAUGGACAUUCAGAGCUCUUUGAUCGGAGCUGAUGGAGAGAAAUCAGACCUGGACAGAAUAGCAGAGAAAGACUCAGAGCAGGAGAGGACACAGAAAGAUGAGUGUGAUUAUAAAGACACUGCAGAUGAAGGUGAUGAAGGUCUACCUCCUUCCCAGGGAAGUGAUGAUGAGAGUGGGAAGGACAGCGAGGGACAUAAAGAGCCAUCAGAUGCCAACAAUAAUUCACUGGAGACCCUGCAGGAACACCUGGAGGAAUUUGUAGACACUCCGGAAUCUCCUGUUCAGGCUGAGCUGAUGGAGGAGACGUAUUGUUCUGAUGAGAUUGAAGUGGUUUUGGUCGACAAUUCUGCACCCGGGCCUGCGUCGGCUCACUUGGAUGACAACGACACAGUCAAGAUCAUCAUCACCAUGAGCUGUGAUGCUCAGACUGCUGCUCAGCUGGAGGAGAGUGUCAAGCAGAGCCUUCUGGAGAAUGUGCAAGCUCAGAAGGAUGCAGGAGAAUGUUACAUUAAGAUCCCCGUCAUCACCUUCGACUCUCCCGAGGAAGAGAGACAAGACCAGGGAGGAGAAGAUCCCGGCUCAGAGGACGAACCCACCCUGAAGAACACGACAAGUCAGAGUGAAGAGUUUUACUUGUGCAGGGAAACAACUGUUUCAGAGUCAACUACACUUGAAUGUCCAGACCAGGAGCAGGAACAUCUGGGUCUGCAGCUAACUAAUGAGAGCACACUGAGUCCUCAGCUGACCAAUGACAACAGCUCAUCAGGCACUGAUGUCAAUUCCCAUCCUGAUGACACAGACCCUCUAGAACGUAACGUGGAUUCACAGGGUUUCCUGCGUCUGCCGCCAACUGUGGACCGCUACGGGCCCGGGGGAAGGACUCAUAUCCGCGGCCUCAGUAUGGACAGUGGGAAAGAUGCUGUACUACUUUCUGACCGCUCACAUAACACAACCACUAUGACCACUUCCAAAUCAGAUCUGGAAGCGAAGGAGGGCCAAAUUCCUAAUGAGUCCAAUUUUGUGGAAUUUGUUUCAUUAUUGGGGUCUCUCAGCACCAGAGGGGGAGGGGCUAGUACGCAGGAAGAGGAGGCACCAAAAGACAAAGAUGUCAUGGAAUCUGCAGAAGAAGAUGAUCUGAGUGCGACUUCCAGACAUGAUGAGAGGAUCGCAGAGACAAAUGUGGACAAAAAGUCAGAAAGACCGAAACCACCCAGCAGUCUGGUGACUGACACCCUGCGGGCUUUACCAGCACCAGCACACAUCCCAAUAGUGUCUCCUGACAGUCCACAGACAGACAGAGAGAAGGAUCCGGACUAUGACUCACUGCCAUCCCAAACCUCUCAGUCUGAGAGCUCCAUGCUGCAGGUCAUCUGCAGACCAGAGGCCACCAACAAAGAAGAAGCCUACACCUUCCACACUGUCCACAGAGACCGACCUCGUAAGCUGUAUGCGGAGCGAGCCCUCAACCUGCCGUUAGGAGCCGAGCUGAUCACGGGCAACAUGUGUGACCUGCUGUCCACAUCUUCAAACUCCGAGUGUCAGGACGGUUUGGUCGGCGGUCACUCCAGCUGCCCGUUCCAGAGGCGCAUCAUCCCCGCCCAUAGGCUUCGGCCACGGAGGACGCACCCCGAAAUCUUCCAGGAAGAGGAUUCUUUGGACGAGUCAUCAGAGACUUCCACUCAGGAGAAGCCAACCCGGAAGAUUUAUUACAAACUCCAGCUGUUUCCAGGAAAAUGGAUAAACAUCCUGUAUGAUCGUCUGACGCUGCUUGCCUUGUUGGACAGAAACCAGGAUGUUGUGGAGAAUCUAGUCGCAGUCUUCAUGGCUUUCCUGGUUUCCUUUCUGGGCUUCGUCCUCCUCAACCACGGCUGCAUCAAAGACUUCUGGGUUUUUCAGUUCUGCCUGGUGAUCGCCAGCUGCCACUACUCUUUACUCAAAAGUGUUCAGCCAGACGCUGCAUCACCAACGCAUGGUCACAACCAGCUGGUGGCCUACAGCCGCGCGGCCUACUUUUGCAUCUUCUGUGCUCUGAUUUGGCUGCUGGAGCAGCUGCUGAGGAGGAAGGACCUGCCCAUCUCCACGCUGUACGGUGUCACCAUCGUCUGCCACGAUGCACUGAGCUUCUUACGAAACCUGCUAGUAGGUAUUACCUACUGCUUUCCCAUCACCUUCCUGGUGGGUCUCUUUCCCCAAAUCAACACCUUCACCAUCUACCUACUGGAGCAGAUUGACACACAUUUCCUGGGCGGCACAGCUGCCACGAGCCUCCUCGCUGCAGUCUACAGCAUCCUACGCAGCGUGCUCGCACUCUCUCUACUGUACGGUUUCUGCUUUGGAGCUCUCAGGGAGCCGUGGGAUGAGCAGCACACACCCGCCCUGUUUUCAGGUUUUUGUGGCCUUCUCGUGGUUUUGUCCUACCACCUCAGCCGACAGAGCAGUGACCCUUUGGUAUUAGUAUCUCUGAUCAGGUCAAAGCUCAUGCCAGCUUUGGUGGAGAGUGAAGAAGAGGAGGAGGACGAUACAGACAUUAAAGAUCCGCUACCGGAGAAACUGCAAAACUCAAUGAAAGAGAUUCUGCUGUCUGAUGUGAUCGUGUGCUCCGUGGCCUACAUCCUGACCUUCGCCAUCACUGCGAGCACUGUGUUUCUGUCUCUGAAGCCCUUUGUGACCAUCGUGUUGUACGCGCUGGCGGGAACCAUGGGGUUUGUCACCCACUAUUUAAUUCCCCAGCUGAGGAAGCAUCACCCUUGGCUUUGGAUCUCCCACCCGGUCCUCAAAACCAAAGAGUAUCACCAGUUUGAACCUAGAGAGGACGCUGUGCUGAUGUGGUUUGAGCAACUGUACGUGGGGCUCCUGUGCUUUGAGAAGUACGUGGUUUACCCCGCCAUCAUCCUGAGCGCGCUGACAAACGACGGCUUCGCCCUCAGUCACCGCAAGAAACUGGGAAUCCACUGUGAUGUUCUCCUGACGACGGUCGCCGGCCUGAAACUCCUGCGAUCGAACUUCUGUGACCCCAGCUUCCAGUUCCUCACGCUCCUCUUCACACUGGUGUUUUUCCACUUGGACUGUCCCCACGCCUCAGAGAGCUUCCUGCUCGAUUUCUUCGUCAUGUCCAUUGUCUUCCACAAGAUGCGAGAGCUGCUGCUGAAGCUCCAUUUCAUCCUGGUCUACAUCGCCCCCUGGCAGAUCGCCUGGGGCAGCGCCUUCCACGCCUUUGCUCAGCCUUUUGCCGUCCCUCACUCGGCCAUGCUGCUGCUUCAGACUCUGCUCACCACCAUCUUCUACACGCCGCUGGCUCCCUUUCUCGGCAGCGCCAUCUUCAUUUCCUCGUAUCCGCGGCCCAUCAAGUUCUGGGAGCGAAACUACAACACAAAACGUAUCGACAACUCUAACAGCAGGCUGGUGUCCCAAGUGGACAAGGAGACAGGCUGUGAUGACAACAACCUGAACUCCAUCUUUUACGAGUACCUGACGCGCUCGUUGCAGCACUCCCUUUGUGGGGACCUUCUGCUGGGCCGAUGGGGAAACUACGGCGCUGGCGACUGCUUCAUUCUGGCUUCUGACUACCUCAACGCCCUGGUCCACCUCAUCGAGAUCGGAAACGGGCUGGUCACCUUCCAGCUGAGGGGUCUGGAGUUUAGAGGUACUUACUGCCAGCAGCGGGAGGUGGAGGCCAUCACCGAGGGCGUGGAGGAGGACGACGCCUGUUGCUGCUGCGAGCCGGGCCACCUGCCCCACAUGUUGUCUUGCAACGCGGCUUUCAACCUGCGCUGGCUGGCCUGGGAGGUGACGGCCACCAAGUACCUGCUGGAGGGCUACAGCAUCAGUGAGAACAACGCCGCCACCAUGCUGCAGGUGUAUGACCUGCGAAAGCUGCUCAUCACCUACUACCUGAAAAGUAUAAUCUACUACCUCGUCCUCUCUCCCAAACUAUCUACUUGGCUGAAAGACGCCAGCAUCCAGGAGGCGCUGCAGUCCUACACCAAGUGGCACCACAUUGAGCGCGACCCUCAGGUCUUCAGCGUGAAGAUCGACGAGGACUACGUGCACUGCCUGCAGGGGGUGACGCGCGCCAGCUUCUGCAACGUCUACCUGGAGUGGAUCCAGUACUGUGCCGGCAAGAUGGAGACGCCUGCAGACAGUGAUGAAGACUCUCCUCUGGUGACCCUCUGCUAUGCCCUGUCUGUCCUGGGGAGGCGCUCUCUCGGCACAGCCUCGCACAACAUGUCCAACAGUCUGGAAUCGUUUCUGUACGGGUUCAACACCUUGUUUAAAGGAGAUUUUCGCAUUGCUACCAAAGACGAGUGGGUUUUUGCAGAUUUGGACCUCCUGCAAAAAGUAGUGGCUCCUGCAGUCAGAAUGAGCCUCAAACUGCAUCAGGAUCACUUCACAUGUCUGGAAGAGACGGAGGAGGCGUCAAUCUUAUACGAAGCCAUCACAAACUACCGCAACAGCUUGGUCAUUUGCCACGAGAGCGACCCUGCGUGGCGGAAAGCGGUACUGUCUAGCCGGGACACGCUGCUGACCCUGAGGCACAUGGUCGAUGACGGCACAGACGAGUACAAAAUCAUCAUGCUGUACAAACGCCACCUCAGCUUCAAGGUCAUCAAGAUUAAUAAGGAGUGUGUCCGAGGUCUAUGGGCGGGGCAGCAGCAAGAGCUUGUGUUCCUUCGGAACCGAAACCCGGAGCGCGGCAGCAUCCAGAACUCAAAGCAAGCUUUGAGGAAUAUGGUCAACUCGUCAUGUGACCAGCCACUGGGAUACCCCAUGUAUGUGUCACCGCUGACGAUAUCAUACGCGGGAACACACCGUACUCUCCGCAGCAUUGGUGGCGGUGCCUUAAGUCUGGACGCCAUCCGCACCUGGCUCUGUUCUAAGUGGCUAAGGGUGCGUAAGGACAACCUGACCAGCUGCAACAGUGGGGUGAAUAUGGACGAUGUGGACUGCGGCGCCGGCGGAUCAUCCUCUCUGAGCCACAACCGGCCCUCCUCUGUCACCUCCAACAGCCUGAGCCUGUACCAGCACAGGGCCAGAACCACACACAGCCACAGACACCACAGCACGGGUAGGAGAGAGUAUCGCAGCCGCUCGGUGCAGCCUCAGAGCCAGCGUGCACCUGUCAGCAGCCAAUCAGGGCCCAUUCUGGACUCAGGCUCCACCCACGGGCUGGUCCAGCGUCUGUCCAACAGUCAACUGUCCUUUAACACGUCCAUAGCCUCGAUAUUCUCCCAGGUCCCUCGUCUUUCAGGAGCUGGUGGGAUCAGCUCUCACCUCCAGACAGCGCAGCAUCAGCAGCGCUCCAGUCAGGUGUCCUCGUCUUCAUCCACCCUCAGCCUGCUGUUUGGGAAGCGCAGCUUCUCCAGUGGUUUGGUUAUUUCUGGCCUCUCUGCGGCAGAUGGUGGCAACACCACUGACACCCAGUCAUCGUCCAGUGUCAACAUCACCAUCGGGCCCUCGCACAGGUCCAGCAGCAGGGCGACACAGUGGACAUCAGAGCGAUAUGAGAGUGUAGAUGGGACAUGUUCCAACACCGCCACUGGUUUGAAGGAGGUCACGCAGUCAGGUGACCAAGUCUGCAGCCAAGGACUGGACAAGACCCAGGAAGACUCGGCUUCCACAUCAACAGCUCCAGAGGCAACAGAUCAGAAAGCUGUGUGACACGCACACACACACGCCGCAUUCAGACAGGACUGUAUGAAAAGGAGCAUACUGUGAGGAUUCCAUGCACUCCAGCCUCCCUCCUCUCCCAUCUUCAGCAUGGUCUCACCCUGUUGUCUGAAUGUAAUCCAGUCUGAAAACUCCAUCCUGGAUCCGGUUGAUGAAAUAAAAAUGUUUUUAAAUGA